AAAAAAAAUUAUAAAAGAAAAACUGUGUAGGAAUUGAUGCCCUGAAUUUAUAAAGUUCAACCCGUCAGACUGAUUUAAAAUGACUGUUGAUUUGAUCCGGACCCGGUUUGUUCUCGUGCCCUCAGGCUAAAUCCGCUUACUAUUUUUUUCCCCUCACUGGUUUGUCAGUUAGUUUAGUCAGUGAUGUGUGGUAGUGAUAUCGUCCUCUCCUUUAAAAGAGACAUGGAGAGUCACAGCCUGAAAUCAAGGCUGCGUAAUACCGUAUUAAACAGCAAGUCCUGUAGUACGCCGCUAUUCGUUGCUCAGGGAGUUGGGAUGUAAUCACAGAUUCUCUUCUCGGAAAGCAGGAGCGCGCGCAUUUGGCUCAGCCAGCAGGGUUUAAACGUGCAUUUGUGAGACUUUGGAGGAGAUUUGAUGAUGGAAUUUAAACACUUGGAGGCGGUACAGGAAUUUACAGACUCAGGACAAUGCGGUAGAAUAAAACUGCGCUCCUGUAAAAUAACGUGGGGGAACUCUUUUCAGGUAACGCACUUGUUCUUAACAUCAACAUUACCUAGGAAGAUGUUGUGAAUGUUCUACUGAUUUGGUGACUUUCACAAUACAAUUCACAGUAAAUACUUUAUAUUCUGUUGUCUUUUUUUUUUCCCAGCAGGUUUUGUAUUUGUUGCCUUUUUUAUGUGCAGUAAUUUAUAUGGAGCAAAUGUGCAUACUUCAAAUGUUUAGCCAUCCCAUCCCAGACUUACUUGAACUGUAACUCGCUCUGUGUUCAGUGCUUUAAAUUAAGGCUCUUAGGAGUUUUUCUGAAGAAUAUGACAUCACAUGUCAUCAGUAGCCUAUGUGGUAGAGAAUAUUUAUGCACAACACAUACAAAUUAUACAGUCAUUAAUAUGCACAGCUCAUUCAUUGUUAUUAAUGUAGAUGAAUUAACUGAAUAGAUCAGAUUAUUGUUUAUUUUUUUUUUUUUUUUUUGCCAAGAAUAGAUUUGGCCACUGGCUGUAGGUGACCCAGCAAUGCUGCACUGCUCAUGCUUGUGUGGGAGUUCUGUGCUGAUGGAUUAAUACACUUGGGUAGACUUAAAGUGCAGUCGUUGCUUAUCGUGCUGCGUGUUUACAUAAGCAGGUGUAACGUCCUUAAAGCGUCAGGAAAUUUUAAACGGGAACUUGCACUUCUGUUUUUCUGGAAUUAGAAAGCCCUAAGCCCUUUCGGUAAUUGCAUUCAUUACUGGGGAAAAAGUUGUACUGUACAAAUAGAAGCAUUGUAAAUGCAGUGUUUCCUAGACAUAGGUUAUGUUUUAGAUUCAUGUCCUUAUUUAUUUAUUUAUUUUUACUUUUUUGAUAGAAAUUUAGUUCAGGUAACUUCAGAGUCAGUGCUGGAGGAUGGAAAGAGAGCACAACAGCGAUAACAUAACACAAAACAGCAGGGAGAGAGAAGAUCUAUGUAUGUAUGUAUGUAUGUAUGUGUAUUUGUCACAGACACAAAUCACACAUCAUUAAAAAAUAAUUUGUGUGUGGGGUGAGAUGCACCUUUGGCUACUCUGACCAAAGACAGCCAACGACAAAGUCCUGGUAUUUUGAGAAGUUUUUUCAGAUGCUACAGAAACACUCAUUCACGGCAAUGAUGUAAGCAGAACUUUUAGUAAUAUUCUUUGCUUGCAUUCAGCUUUCGUUGGAGGACCUGGAGAACACGUUAUUACAAGGUCUGACAUGGAAUUCAACCAAGAUUUAUUGGGAUCAUCUCAUACAGUGUGGCGAGUAGGAAAUUUUUAAGACCACUGAAAUUUAAAAAUAGCUUCAGUUGGAUGUCACGUGGAAUUAUCUGACCCUGCUUGCUCUUUAGAUUUGUAUAGCUAAAACACUGGUACCUCACCUGAACUGGUUUGGUUCACAUUCCUUAACCAGUCCUCAGUUUAGCUCACCCAACCCAAUACUCCUCUCACGCAAGUGGCCAGACUUCCCACUCUGUCUGACUUGCUGACAUCCGCAUGCUUGAAUUCACUUGUAAGUUCCAGUUAGGACAGUCCCAUGAGGAAGCUGAUUCGUGGCUUUUUAGGAAAUGAAUUAAUUAUUCUGUUAGUAUAUCUAAUGGAAAAAUCGCUUUGAGAAGAAUUGCUGUAAAUGUCAGGCCAGCGUGCAAUUGUAACAGUCAGUGGAUCAUAGUAGCUGUAAGAUGAGCUUGUUGAAUGGCAAACAAAAGGCAAAAGGAAGGAAGACAAAGGGUGGCAAACCCUCGCGUGGAGCUCACGCUGUCUGAGUUACAGGAGAUGGCCACGCGGCAGCAGCAGCAGAUCGAGGCCCAACAGCAGAUCCUCGUCGCUAAGGAGCAACGCUUGCGCUAUCUGAAGCAGCAGGAGCGGAGGCAGCAGCAGGCUGUAUCUGAAACGGAGAAGCUGCAGAGGCUGAAAGAAAGAGUGGAAAGCCAGGAAGCCAAACUCAAAAAGAUUCGUGCCAUGAGGGGCCAAGUUGACUACAGCAAGGUCAUCAAUGGCAACCUGUCUGCAGAGAUCGAGCACAUCAGCGGACUGUUCCAGGAGAAGCAGGCAGAGCUCCAAGCAGCUGUGCUCAGGGUAGACCAGCUGAGUCAGCAACUGGAGGAGUUGCGCAGAGGCAGACUCAACGGCCUGCAGGGCCUCGGCGGUCAUGUCACCGGCACUGCUGCACUGGAGCUUCGCAAGCUUUACCAAGAGCUACAGAUCCGUAACAAGCUGAACCAAGAGCAGAACAGUAAGCUACAGCAGCAGAAGGAGCUGCUGAACAAGCGCAACACGGAGGUGACGCUGAUGGACAAGCGCAUCAGUGAGCUCCGCGAACGCCUCUAUAAGAAAAAAGCUGAGGCACGUCAAAAAGAGAACUUGCCUCUGAACCAUGCAAACGGACCUCCUUCACCCCAACCAACUGCAGGCAAUACAGGUCGUGUGGCAGCAGUAGGACCCUACAUCCAGGUCCCGGGGCCAUCACGCCCAGAUACCAACUACAUGGUUCCACCAGAUCCUCUUAAACCUCAGACGCUGGGCAUGAACACUCCAGCCAAUCAUGCUCGAUCGAAAUCAGAUGGCGUGAGAAAACCCCCUGGCCCGUGGAAGGUCUCUGAUUUAGACAUCAUAGUGGACCCGUUCCCGCCGUCUCCUCCGGAGUCUGGCCCGGGCCCCGGGGUCUCUGGCACCUCCUGCUCCACAGAGGGGUCAGACGGAGUCUCUUCUAAUGAUGCAGGAUGGCCCACCCUCAGCAAGGACAACGCAUCUCUGAAGCCUCCAGACUGGAAAGAAUCAGUAGGAGACAUUCCCAGCAAAACAGCGUCUCCUGCUGGCACCCCGUCAGAUAAGGUUCCAGACCUGAGUAAACUGGGCCCAGCUCAACCUCCUCCUUGUAAGCCCCAGCCUCCUCCAUAUGGCACUCACACCAGAGCCCACCCACUUUCGUCCAUCAAUUCUGGCUCCACUGGCUCGCUGGACCGGCGUAAAGAUGUGCCACUGUGUCCUGUCCCAUCCCACUUGAACAACCCCCCUAACCCCAACGCUCCACCGCUACCUGCCUGGCCACGUGGUGGCUCCUCUUCACAGCAGAUACAGCAGCGCAUCUCGGUCCCUCCCAGUCCCACCUUCCAGCCCAGCUCUCCACUUUUCCCCCCAGGAGAGAGGUCUGACCCCCCUCUGGCUGUGGCAGUGCGCCCCUUUAUCCCAGACAGGGGUUCCAGACCACAGUCACCUAGAAAAGGCCCAGCAACUAUGAACUCAAGCUCCAUUUAUCACAUGUACCUACAGCAGGGGGUGCCCAAGAAUUACCCUCAUGGCAAGUCUGCGGUCAAAGCAGUGUAUGGAAAGCCGGUCCUGCCCUCAAGCUCCACUCCCACCUCUCCCCUGCCCUUCCCAGGCUCUGGGUCUUUCCCUGUGCUCUCUGGGACUGUAGGUGAUGUGGUAGACGGCGAUCUGGAGACUGACGCCCAGAUAGUGGGUUUUCCAGAAUCCCCUGCUCCCAGCGUGGACCACAUUCCUCGUCCCCUCAGUCCGACCAAGCUUACACCCAUGGUUCACUCACCCAUGCGUUUCCAGAGUGAUGCUGAGCUCGAGGCCCUGCGCAGGAAGCUAGCAAACGCACCACGACCACUAAAGAAGCGCAGCUCUAUCACGGAGCCCGAGGGACCCAGUGGGCCGAACAUUCAGAAGCUCCUCUACCAGCGCUUUAACACUCUGGCUGGUGGAAUCGAAGGAGGCAUUGGGGGAGUGGGAGGAGGCAGUGGAGUCACUCCCUUCUACCAGCCCAUAGGAACAACAGUGGGAGAGGCACUGGCCGAUGCAGAUAAUGGCAACGCGUAUACUGAAACACCAGCUUUGACUCUUACUGGCACAGAGGAAGUGCCCUCUCAAGACCUACCCCAGGGUGACCCCAACGAUAACCAGCCAGUGCAGCCAGCCAGUGAAACAGCAGUCCCAGCAGCACUGGAGCCUUCAGAAGACGACAACAAUAACAUCCCAGCAGGACCUGUGACCACUCUACCUAGCCCUGUCCCUGAAGUCAGCUCACCACAGGAGGCAGGAAGCUCGCCAGGCGCUCAAGCUAUGGAGAAGCGCACUAAUCUAAAGAAACCUGACUCUGAGAGGACAGGCCAUGGCUUCAGGGUGAAGUUCAAUCCCCUGGCCCUGCUGCUGGAUGCCUCACUUGAGGGCGAGUUUGACCUGGUGCAGAGGAUCAUCUAUGAGGUGGAGAACCCCAGCACACCAAACGAUGAGGGUAUCACACCUUUACACAACUCGGUGUGUGCAGGGCAUCACCACAUUGUCAAGUUCCUGCUUGACUUUGGAGUUAAUGUCAACGCAGCAGAUAGUGAUGGCUGGACGCCGCUGCACUGUGCCGCCUCCUGCAACAGUGUUCACCUCUGCAAGCUGCUGGUGGAGUCCGGAGCCGCCAUCUUUGCCACCACGAUCAGUGAUGUAGAAACAGCAGCAGACAAGUGUGAAGAGAUGGAGGAGGGUUAUAUUCAGUGCUCACAGUUCCUCUAUGGUGUGCAGGAGAAGCUGGGUGUGAUGAAUAAAGGAGUUGUGUACACUUUAUGGGACUAUGAGGCUCAAAGUGCGGAUGAGCUGUCGUUCCAGGAGGGAGAUGCCAUCACUAUCCUGCGCAGAAAAGAUGACACUGAGACCGAGUGGUGGUGGGCCAAACUUAAUGACAAGGAGGGCUAUGUACCUCGCAACCUGCUUGGGUUGUACCCCAGAAUAAAACCCCGUCAGAGAUCCCUGGCAUAGCUGACUGCCUCUUUCCCAUCAGGCUGACUGGACUGAUGUCUGGGGGUGUAGGAUUUCCAUUAUUCACCCCCGAUCUUUGCUGAUCCAGUUCCUGCAGGGUUAAAGCUGCUAAACCAUGCCUUCUCAUUUGGGGGCACAAUAGAGAGACACGUACACACAUUAAACAAGAAGCCUCAGGUCCUAAGGUCUGUCCCAUUACUCCAAAAUCUAGCAUCUCUUCUUCACUUCCCUCCUCAGCCUUUAAAACUCAGUUUCUACCCUAUGACACGUAUCAUAGUCGCUACACAUUUCUCCACCUCUAUCAAAGCACUCCUUACUUGGGUUUAUAGCUUUUUGUUUUAUAUCAUUGUUUCAGCUUGUGUUUCGAUCUGGAGCGUAUUUAAUGCUUUAAUUUUAUUAACAGUAUGCUGCCACAGGACUCGGUCAGAGCAUGGCUGCUUUUGCUUCCUACCAAGCUCUCGUUGAACAAGGGACUCUUUACACUGAAGAUCGAAUUCUUUAGGGUUAAGGGUUUAUGUGUAUAUUUACACUACAUUUGUAUGAGUUAAGACCCAACAAAUGCUGUCUGAGUGAAUUAAUUUUCAGUGUGUAGAGCAGUGAGAGUGAAAUGUAUCUUGAGGUGUGUGUGUGUGUGUGUGAGAGAGAGAGAGAGAGAGAGAGAGAGAGAGAACAGAAAUGCUUACAUGGGUUAAAUGAGAAGAGAACAAAUGCUUUACAAAUGGUGUAUAAUGUAUAGUAACUGGGCCAACAUAUUGCAAAGUAUCUGGUUCAUAUAAUAUGUACAUUUAAGCAAGGGUAUUUGCACGCGUUAGAUACAGUGUUAUCUGUAUGAAUGGUCGGUUGCCUCUCUACUAUGAUGAGGGUGUGAAAUAAGUGUGCAUGGAUGAGCUAUUGAGAGAUUUUUAGGAUGCACAUGAUAAUUAUUUUAAAGUCGACAUAUUGAGAUAGCAUAGCAUAUGAACAUGUGAAAGAUAACAUGAGUGCAAGAAACCAAACUGGUGUUGCAGUACCAUUAACAGUAACUAAACCGGCAGUACACAAUGAACAAUACGCGUCGCUGAUUUCACUAGAAUAAGGUUUGCCCAAAGGCAAUAAGAUGGUUUGAAGCCUUUGAAACAUGUUAGUUUUUCUCCGCAAGCAAAUCAAAAGGUAUGAACUGGAUGCAUAUUUACUUUGUUUUACACUGUAUUAUUAUUAUUAUUAUUAUUAUUUUUUAAACAUUGAAAUACAUUGCACCAUUCAAUUUCCCUCCCACUCCUCUUGAAAGUCUUGUGAGUUGAUCUUUACGCCCUGCCUCUGAGGCAGGAAUGAGCUUUACCGUGGAGUUCACCUGUAAAUACUGUGAUGAAGCUCGAAAAUGAUUUGUGCUAUGUUGAGUACUUGCCUGUGCAGUUCUCUGGAUGACAUACAAAUACAAACACCUUCUGUUCUCUACAUGUGCACAAAUAAACAUUAAACAAAUCCCAUUAAGACAUGGAGUUUUGUUGUUUCCUGUCUUUCUCACAAUCUAAUUGGUCAACUACCCCUUCAGGCCUUCGUCAAAAAAAAAAAAACCCCAACAAAAAUGACAGCAAGGAAACAUCAGAGGAAGUGUUAUGAUGAUGCACUCAGGGUACUCAAGGUCAUUAUGCUGGAGCAUAUCCUCUUCUGGCAACUACUGCGUAGUAUCAUUUAGAGUCUGAGUCAGACAUUACAACAAAAAUCCAGCUUCU